CAGAGGCAGGCAGAUUCGAUUUUCACGGUCAGCGCAAGUAUUUUUUCACUUGUCGAAUCAUAUUUCCGUCAGAGUGAGCCCAGUUUGAGAUAAGAAGCGUUGGUGUAAAUUUGAAAGCCGACUGUUUCCCAUUGUGUUGCUGUUAAGAGGACAACAAGUGAAAAGUAAUACAUUGUACCUGUCAAGCUGAUGGUGUUUGUGAGAUGGAUGUUCAUGUGUCUGAUUGGUCAUCAGACUGACAGGACCAGCGGGCACUACUGGUGACCUUUACCCACGGCUUGAUGGCAUUUCUGUACACUGACCAGAGGGGCUCUGUGGCAUCCUGUAAUAGCCAUUAAGUAAUCAUGCAUCCAGGUCUUCCCAUCAAGGUGUACUAGCUGCCAUGAUAUUUCAGCACCUGACCUUAUUCAUACUGGAGGAAUCAGAGAAAUGAUUAUCAUACAAUAUCAUGUAUCACCUGACCUGAGUAUCACCAAAACAGUCUGUCGCAUGCAGUGGUUUAUGACGGCGUGAGCCAUUAGAAGAACCAGCAUCGCUGAUGUCCUGCCAUUCUUCUGUGUCCAUUCACUUCCCUGUACAGAAUUAAAGAAUUGCAAGAAUGCCGAUCAAAGGGUACAUUGCUGGGCGCCCUGUGUCGCGCUGGGAAGCGGAGACAGAUAACAUUGACAUUGACUAUCGUAAUCUUGAUGGACAUGGACUCGGGCCUUGUGGAUGUAUUGAAGAAUGUCAAACAGGGAAAAAAGGAUGUGCAUUAAAAAUACUUGUUUGUAUCGUCAUAGUUUUUGUUGGUAUUUUUAUUGGUUACGUCAUUGGGCGUAACAUUCAGCCUCUGACAAAACAGGAAUCUUACUGUCCAGCAUUGGCACCAGUAGCACCAUCAAUACAGGAUUACAACAAAACUUUAACAGAGAUGAUAAAAAAGAAGUUAGAACAUAUACCAAACUAUAACCAGUCAUUAAAAGCUUUUCCCUCGAGUAUAAACCUUGCUGGUAUGCCUCUGACAAACGAAGAGUUAGUGGCCACUAAACGCUGGCUGGAAAUGUUCAAUUUUGACUCAGUCAGGAUGAAAAGCUAUGAAGUCAUGCUAGAGUAUGCAGACUUUGCUGCAGCAACGCCAAACUACGUAGUGAUGGAGGAGAAUGGAACAGAGGUUUUUCACUCACACUCCAACAUUACUGCGGACCACAGAGAAUAUUUAGCCUUCAGUGCCUAUUCCGCCUCCAAAGCUGUGACGGGUAAACUGGUCUAUGUGAACUACGGGUCAGUUGAAGACUUCGGAUUACUGGAAUCCAAAGGUGUCUUAGUGAACAAUAGCAUUGUUAUCUUGAGAUAUGGGAAGAUUCACCCAGGCAGCAAGGUGAAACAUGCCCAAGACCGCGGAGCUCUGGGAGUUAUCCUCUACUCUGAUCCCUAUGACUUUGCCAACAAGCAGGCUUCGGCCUCUCCUGGUACCUGGUGGUUGCCGAGCUGGGCCAUCAAGUCAUGCCAUGUGCGUCCUGAGCUGAGCGGUGACCCUUCCACAACACAUCACCAGUAUCUGGAUGGGUCACUGGAGAUCGUUGAAAAGAAUUCAAGCUUUGCCAAAAUUCCUGUCCACCCAAUAUCCUACAGUGAUGCCAAGGAACUUCUGAAAGACCUUGGGGGAGAGCUAGUGUCGCAAAAGUGGAAGGGGAGUCUACCUGUGGAGUACAGAUCUGGGCCAGGCUUUAGGGGAGAGGCAGAGAACAGGACGGUGAAAUUGGAGGUUGCAAACAAAAGUGUGAAACGUACAAUAUACAACUUGAUAGCAGUCAUUCGUGGCCAACAUGAAAAAGACCAGUAUGUGAUCGUAGGAGCGCACCAUGACUCCUGGACGUGGGGAGCCAUUGAUGCCGGCUCGGGUAACGCUGUUCUUAUAGAACUGGCUAAGACCUUCGCCCAGAAGACGAAAACUGGAUGGAGGCCAAGGAGGACAAUAAUAUUUGCAUUCUGGGAUGCUUCCAAAUAUGGACAGAUUGGGGCCUACAAAUGGGCAAUGGAAAACGCCAAGCAGUUGGAAGCAGGAGCUGUCGCAUAUAUCAACCUGGACUCCUUAAUAAGAGGUAACCACAGUUUCUAUGCUGAGUCCAGCCCCAUGCUGGCUGAUGUGAUCCUCCAGGCUGCCCAGUCUGUUCCCUGCGCUGACCCUCAGCAUGGCCCAGGGAUGAGUGUGUAUGACAUGUGGGCUGGAAACUUCCCAAGGCCCGGCACUGACCCUGCCUACCCACAACCAAAUGUGCCUUUAUUGGGAGGAGACAGUGAUUAUGCCCCCUUCCUCUACCUUCUGGGUGUUCCCUCCCUCUCACCAGUCUACACUUACAACCUUAAUGCCUUUGAUACUUUACCUAAUUACCCAGCCUAUGGAACCCUAGACGACACCUACGAUUACCUACUGCGCUAUAUCGACCCUGACCUACGUCUCCAUGCAACCAUGUCAAAGGUCAUUGCCGAGGUGACGAUGAGGCUGGCUGACUCUGCCAUCUUGCCUCUGCGUGUGUCCAGAUUAGAGGAUUUGCUGGAGGAGGGGUGGGAUUACCUGCAAGCCUACAGCAGUGACAUGGAAAAUGUGGAGCUCAGCUUAGUGCCAUUGCGCUAUGCCAUUAAUGAUUUUAAGAAUUCAGCAGAGAAUUUCACCGCAGUUGUGUCGGCCAUUAAUGUUACCAAAGCUAGAGAGUCUGAUAUUCGGACAAUAAAUGACCAGCUGUUGAGAGUGUCACGGGCAUUCUUAACCAACCGUGGAUUACCAGGGGCCCCUCAGUACAGACACAGCCUUAUUUCACCACAUCCUGAGAAUUUGAAUGGACAUAUUGUGUUCCCUGGAAUCUCAUGGCCUCUUUUACGAGGUCAGACUGUGAAAGAUUGGUCAGAAGUUGAGAGACAGCUGGAACUUCUUAUAACCUCCCUGAAAAACGCACAAGACAUUCUGGAUAGUAGUAUGAUUUCAUGAUACACAGUCUAAAUCCUGGUUCUACUCCAUGACUAUGGCUAUGGUUCUGAAGAAACCCCUAAAACAUGGGAUAAUAGCAUGUCGGCAUGGAUUCAGUGAAUUCUACCUUAACAGUGGCAGCUUAAGGGUUUGGAUUCAGUUCAAUCUAAUUGAAUAAUGGCAACGUGCUAGCAUGGAUUAAGUUCAUUCUGCCAGAACAUUGGCAGCUUGAGGACGUGGAUUCAGGUAAUUUGAUCUGUUGACCUGGUGGCAACUUAACAUAAAGGCAUGGGUUUAGUUAAGCAUGGACACCAUGUAAUGAAAGCAGCCAUAUUAUCAGCAUGGAUUCAUUUAACCAGAACAGAAUAAUGGCAGCUGACUGGCAUGGAUUCAUUUUACUGUGAACACCAUGUACAUGUACCAGUAGUAACAUGGAUUGAGUUCAGUGUUAGUAUUAUGUAACAGUGCACCUGUUCUUGUUGGCAUGUAUUCAGUUUACUUUGGAAACCAUGUACAUGUACAAAUAGUAACAUGAAUUCAGUUCAGUAUCUGAUUGCACUACAUGUAUGUAACAGUCUUGUUGGAAUGUAUUCAUUUCACUGGAAUGAAUUGAUGGUAGCUUGCUGGCAAGUAGUCAUUUGCCUGGAAUUUGACAGUGACAGUUAGCUAACAGGAAUCUAAUUCAUUCUGUGGUAUGUGUACUCUAUGAAACACCAACAAGUGCAGCCAGCUAUUAAUACAUGGCUUCAGAUGAUUUGAGCGGGGCAUAAACAGUGUAGUCUUAUGACUGUAGAUACUGCUUGACUGCCCUCAAGCGGUGAUAGACUCAGUCCACUGGAUCUCCACUGUGUUCAAAGUGUACAGAUAAUGGCAGCUUUCACACUUGAGAGAUGUCAUGACGUAGGCCGCAAGAGGUUUGAAUGGGCCGUUCAAGGGACAAGUUAUGCAUAUGACACGUUCACGCAAAAAAAGGUGUAUUGCGCAGAUUCUGCUGAUGGAGGGGUACAGUGGCAAGGAUGAUAUACCCUUAACUGAGAUUGUGCAGUUUGGGACAAGGAUGCUUGUUAUGCAGCACGUGGUUCAUUUUAGAGGUUAUAAUGACAAGGACACUGCAUCCUUAUUGACAGUGAGUGUACAUGUACACUGUUGGGGAUACAUUCCUUCCGGAGGAUGUGCUCUAAUACUGAGAGAGUGGUAUUGUUGAAGUUCCUGUAUGUACAAAAAGUAACAUACAUAUGUUUUACACUUUGAAGUGAGAAUUUGCCGGCAGGAAACUUUUGGAAUAGCGAAAUGUUGUAAUUUUUGUUGCAAUAUUGUUUCUCUUUAAAAUUGUAUUGGAAUUUUAGGGAGUAUCUUCAUUACUUCUGAUGGUGCUAUAAACUUUGUGUUCGUAGACUCAGAAUGAAACGUGCCUGAUGCACUCUUUUCUAGGUCAAGGUCGUCGUUAAUAAGAAUCUUGAAGUAAGCUGACUACCCUAUUUCUUUUAAUUUUUGGGAUACCUGAUCUGCUCAUUUUGGCCAAUAUACAUGUAAUUAUUAAAUAUUGAAUUUCUUUUUUCUCACAUGGUUAGAUCAUCUAAUAAACAUACUCAUGUCUUUACUUUUCCAAAAGGGUGGUAAGGAAGUAUAAUAUUCUACUUUCAACACUACUAAUAUUUCUCCCCAAAAUUAGAAGAAUUAGGGUAUUUUCAGAUUUUAGACAGGACAUUCUUCCUUCUUGGCCAGUUUGCUAGACACCAGAGUGGAAGGGAGACUACUCUGUGGAUAAUAAAACCUCCUCUGCUCACAGGAAUUUCCCUUGUGUGUCUUUUUUGAGGUCUUUAUGUCUCUAAUAGCUGAAAGUGACAGUUUUUGGGAGAAAAUGCUUGAGGUAGUGAGGGUAUAGAUGUUUGUUGGGAAAACUGAUUUGCGAUCUGUCAGCUAAACAUCAAGUCAGUCAGUCAGUCGUGAACGAACAUCUUGAUCAGUAAUACGAACGUCAGUCAUCAACAGCCAUUAAUUUAUGAACAGAAAAACAUGAAUAACACCUAUUUGAACAAAACUCUGGGAUGUUCGUAAUAUUUGCAUAGUUAAAAUUGUAUACCAUACAUGUAUAUCGUGACCACACCAUUCAGUUGUUGUCUGACAAUUGUCUCUAAUUAUUUACCUUCUUUAUAGUUUCAUUAAACACUAUAAAAACCAUUUUCUAUAAUUAUUGGUUUCAUAAAACACUAUAAAAACCAGAUUCACAACCUCAGUCAGUGAUUUUAUACUGGAUGUUUUAUAUGAUCUGAAUAUACCCACUGCCUAAACUAUGGACUGUCAACAUCAGCUCUUCCAAAACUCAUUGAUCUAGAGGAAGUGGAAUUCAGUUACGGAUUUGCUAUAAUUAUCAGCAUCCCGGACAUAUGAAGUGUAUAUUUUCUGUCGUGCAUGAUCAGCAACAUACAGAGCUGCAUGUGACUUCCAAGGAUGUUUUUUGUUUGUUUUUCCAAGUUACAUUUACAUGUACCAACACCAAGUUUCGGAUGUGCUACAACUGUCAGCAUCCUGGACAUGUGAAGUGUAUGUGUAGGUCCUAUAUAAUCAGCGACAUACAGAGCUCCAUGUGACCGCCAAGCAUGCUUUAUGAUUGGCUUUCCAGGUUAUAUAUUCUUACAUUAUCUAUGUGUAAUGAAAGUGCAUGUGCAUGAUACUUGUUUGAUUGUGUUUUGAUCAUUAAGCCAUGGUUUUGAUUGUUGUUAGUUGCUGUAAUUGUACUAUUGAGUUUUAAAAUUAUACUUUUUGUAAAACCUUGAAAUCCAAACAUUGUAGUUUUGUCUAAAAAAUCAAAUUGUAAAUCUGCAAAAAUUGCACUGAAAGUUGCUCUUUCACAUGCAAAAGGUUGAGGAGUCAAGGUACAUGUAGGUAUGAUCACCUAGGGGAAUCGCUUGGAUUGGGGUUUCUCAUGUUAUGCAUCGUUUCCAUUUGACCAUUUCUUGACCAGGAUAUUAUUGAGUUACAUGCUAUAUGCACAUUACCAUACCUCAGUAUGGCAUUCAUUAUUUUUUGGAACUACACUAGUGUAGGGAAAACCUGUGUCUAUACCAACAACUGCUUAACACCUUUAUAAGAGACAGACAAAAUUCAUUUUGAGUAUAAAAAUAUCUGUGGAAAUCCUUUCUCUGUGAUAAUAAUAGUUAAAAUUGCUUACAGCUGCUUAGGAGUAUUUUUUAACAUUAUUAGUUGCCUGCCAUUGUUGUUCUUUUAAGUUAUUUUUGGAACUAUACUAGCAUGGUGAAAACAUUCUAGGAUAGUGUGUCUAUCCCAAUAAGAGCUGCUUAGCGCACAAGAUUUACCCUUAUUCCUCAACCUUUUUACAAUUUAUGCAUUCUUUUGAUGUGAUUUUGGAUACAAAAUUACAUUGGUUGGGUUAAUCAAUUUCAGGGCUACAGAAAGUAUAAUUUUAUCAGCUUACUCAGAAUAAUCAAAUGCUUAAAUCUUGCAUACGUGCAAAAAUGUUGAAGAAAUACAGUAGACAGAAUUAAUUCUGAGUUUGAACAUUUCUGUGGAAUUCCCUUCUCUCUGAUCACAAUAUUUAAAAGUGCUUACAGCUGCUAAAGAAUAUUUUGAACAUUAUUAGAUACCUGUAUUUGUUAUUUGUUCUGAGAUCUUCCAUGAAUGAUAAGGUGUGGGUGAUGGUUUUGAGUACAGACUGUAGGGCACCUUUACCGUUUCUUUUGCUUUAUUCCAUGCAUGCAUUGCACUAUUUUGUUUAUUGUAUCUUCAAAAUGUUUCUUGUAUUGUACACAAGUGAAAUAUCUCAAACUCACUGUUAACUCAAUCUUUAUACACAUAAGGCCAUUCCACCUUCAUGGGGUCGAGCAGAUCACUUCAUCACGAUAUCAUAGAUAAGGCUACACAAAGUUGAUUGUUUCUGAGACUUCUUUUUCGAAGAAAAAAAAUUGUGGGGAGAGAAGAAGUUUUUAUUUUCCUUUUCACUGAAGUUUAUAGAUUAUACGAUAGUG